AUAAACCAUGGUUUACUCAUGGUACACAGAUUGAGCAUGCGUGUUCCUAGGAAAGCCGUCUCCUUAUCCCCACUUCCGUACCACUCCCCUUCUUCUAUAUACUCACCCCGCUCCUUUAACCUCACCACUCCUCUGCAUUUUUUGAUCCAGAUUUUUUUUCUUUAUAAACAUCUUUUGAUUCUGGGUUUUCCAAUUUGUCGGUGAAAAGUGGGGUUCAUUGUGUUUUUGCAGAAUCUUUAAUGGCUUCUUCUGAGAAUUAUGUAACUGUUGAACAACCGUGGAGGUUCCGGGGAUCUUUCACGGAUUCCAUGGCUUACGAAUUCUACACAAAAGAGAAUGAAAAGCUAACUAAAGCUUUGCAAAUGUCAUAUACAGGUGGCGCCACCACAGCCGACACCCCCACGUCUCUUUUGGAGAAGCCUGAAACGAUGCUGUUUCAAACCCCCUCCGUCUCCGGCGGUUCGGAAUGUGAAGCCUCGGUUUCCAAACCUCGGACCGUCGGGUUGACACGGAAGAUAACAAAACGGAAGUCGCGUGCGUCUAAAGGUGCAACGACGACGUUUAUAUCUGCUGAUCCAGCGAAUUUCAGACAAAUGGUACAGCAGAUGACAGGAGCUAGACUUGGGGGCAUGAACGGACAGCUGCCGGUUACUCAGGUUCUGAAGCCUGAGCCUCAAAGGCCAGUCAACCGGUUGCAGCCGAGUGGAGGCCUGUCAACUCUUGACACGUCAUCUUUUCUGCUCAGCCAAACCCGCCGUCACCAAGUCGACCCAAUUUCAUAUUUGGUGGCUCAGCCACCUGCCACGGUGGUUACUGACGGUGGCUCCGGUGGGCUUGACUUCAACUCUCUUUGCAACUUUCCAACCCUCGAGUCUUGGAAAGAUAUGUAAUGUGGUGCAAAUGAGCUUUAACUUUACCGGUCCAGCGACGACUCUCACAGUCCGAUCGCUAAAAUGGAUUUAAUUUCGAUUUUUAUUUUUUAAGUACUUUUUAAUUUUUUGAAAAGGAAUCUUGGAGACGGGUAAAAUCGGACAAGCUGUUAAUAAUUUGGGACAUGGCUUGUAUGGAUGGAAAUCUAUUGUAUGAUAUGAUGUAUAAUUGUGACUUAAGUUAUUGUAGUUUAAUGUAUCACUUUCAAUCAUUUCUCUAUCAAUUUUAAUCACAUCGUAUUGC